AUGACGGAACUGUUGACAUCGGACGAGGAGGCUGCCGCGGCACGUGCUGCUGAGCAGGCGCGACAACGCAAGGCUCGUCGCGAGGCAAAGAUCAAGGCCGGCGCCGAGAACAGGUUGAACAGGAUCACCGGCUUGGGAGGCGGUGUUCCGAGAGACCCCGCGCCAGCCCCGGCAGCCUCGAAGACGGCGACGGCGACGACAACACCAAGCGCUCCAGUCAGUACCGCUGCCGCCCAACAUGCCGACCCCGAUGAAGUCGACAUCUCGGAACACUUCUACCAGCCCCAAACCACCGCGCGCGUGCCACCCCCCGACAGCAACCUCUCCGACACCCAGCUCCGCCAAAUGAUGCUCGGCUUCGACCAGCCCGGCACAGCCACCCCUCCCAUGCCCGGCAUGCCCGGCAUGCCCUCUCCACCCCCCGGCAUGGAAGACGACCCGAUGAUGCGCAUGAUGAUGCAAAUGCUCGGCGGCGGCGGCAACAACCCCUUCGGCGGCGGCAUGCCCGGCAUGCCCUUCCCCCCGUCCACCACCCCCGGCAGCGGCGCCCAACCCUUCCCCCCCCAGCCCCAACAAUCUGCCACCAACCGGCACGCGACCCUCUGGCGGCUCCUGCACGCGCUCAUCGCGCUCGCGCUGGGGCUCUACAUCGCCGUGUACACGCCCUUCACAGGCAGCAAGCUCUCGCGGGACAGCGCGGCGGCAGCCGCCGCCGGGUCGGCCGAGGCGCGCGCCGACUUCGGCGCCUCCCCCUCCCAGAACUACUUCUGGGCGUUUGCGACCGCCGAGGCGCUCCUGCUGGGCACACGCCACUUUGUGGCGGACCGCGGCCGUAGCCGGCUGCAGGCGGCGGCCGCGGGCGGGAGUGGCAUGCUGGGUAUGGCGGUUGGGUUCUUGCCGGCGGGGUUGCGGAGUAAGGUGGAGUUGGCGAUGCGGUAUGGCGAGGUGCUGGGCUCGGUGAGGGCGGAUGUGCUGGUUUGUGUGUUUGUGUUGGGCGUGGCGGCGUGGGUGAGGGGUUAG